UGUCUUGCGGAGACCCGUGGGGAUGUCUAGCGCUCUUUCCUCUCAGUGGCAUUUAUGUGAUGUCUUCAAGAGUGCGAUGUGCUGUAUCUCCUGUAGCCACGCCCUCUCACUACUGCUGUGCGUCCUCACCCUGACUCCGACGGCAACAAGGGCGGGUCCAGAGACCCUGUGCGGGGCGGAGCUGGUCGACACGCUGCAGUUUGUGUGUGGAGAGAGAGGCUUUUAUUUCAGUAAACCAGGCUAUGGCCCCAACGCUCGGCGGUCACGCGGCAUCGUGGACGAGUGCUGCUUCCAGAGCUGUGAGCUGCGGCGCCUGGAGAUGUACUGCGCGCCUCCCAAGACGAGCAAGGCCGCUCGGUCCGUGCGCGCACAGCGCCACACGGACCGAGCGCCGAAGGUUAGCGCCGCGGGGGGGGGCCACAAAGUGGACAGGAGCACGGAGCGUAGGACGGCACAGCAGCCGGACAAGACAAAAAACAAGAAGAGACCUUUACCUGGACAUAGUCAUUCAUCCUUCAAGGACGUGCAUCAGAAGAACUCAAGUCGAGGCAACAUGGGGGGCAGAAAUUACCGAAUGUAG